AUGGCGGAAGAAACCACCAGCAGUCCCAUUACGCCUGCAUCGGAGAGAUCAGACGAGCCCGAGAUUGUGUAUGCCCCCCGUGGAUCUAUCUGCGACGUCCGAAACCUUUAUCAAACCCAGCCCGAUGAAGAUGGAGAGACAUCGUGGACCAAGGACCUGCCCGAGACAUUGGUCGAGCCUGUCGAAAACAAUGAAUCUGCACAAUACGCACUGAUCGUACGGAACAUCAAAUGCUAUGAUGGAUGGAAGAGCCUCUCCAUCAAGUCGGUUGUUGUGCAAAGCGAGCCUCUAAAGACCUUCUUGGGGAAGGUCCUUAAGGGGUACCCCGGAGUGACUGCUUCUCUUGACCAUCUUGAGUUCACUCGGCCAUUCAAGCCUCUCCUUCAUCGGUGGGAGAACUUUGUCCAGCUUCGAGAAGAGGAAGAGCUGGAUCCCACUACUAAAGAACACGUUGAUCUCUUCCACAAGGUCUUUGAAGAGGAACUGAAGGGCAUGCUUACGCGCAAGAAGGACCUGGUUCGCAACGGCGUCAUCACACACCCGCUUAUCUGGACACUCUUUGAACCCAACGACGUGGUCAUCAGCAACGGCAGCACACCUCGGGCAUACCUUUUCUCUAACGUGACGAACGGCCGGUCCGGCGAAUGGGUCCUCACCUGCAAACACAUUGACUUUGAUGGCAAGAACUUCGGUUACAAGGAAGAGGAGUUCACCGUGGAUUCUUUCAUUGGAACUAAGCCCAUCACGUCUCUGUCGGUCUAUCCUUUAAAGCAUCAUCCUGAACAGGAAGUUGUGCGCAAGAACCUCAUUGCCCGGGGAAAGCGCUGGGAGGAGCACAAAGGAUACCAUUACCGGCAAUAUGAAGGACUGGUCAUUGGAACCUCGGAUUAUGGCCCACCCAGACAGUUCCACGUCAAAGGUCGUAUCAUUAUCGACGCUGAGGCCUUCGGUGUUUUCCAUUCACACGGGCCUGUCCGGGUACAUGGGUCCAAGGGCAUAGGAAAGGAGUUGACCGACGACCAGCGCAUGAUCACUUCCGACAUGGUCUACGGCUACUCCCUGAAUGACAAGGAAUGGCUAAAAUUUUCUAUCCAAAACGCGUCGGAUAUUGAAUGGAACUCUCACGCCUUUGAGUCUCUCGUGCUUCCUCGGGAGCAGCAGGACCUGAAGGACCUGCUUCUGGCCAUUGCCAAGGCCCAGUCCAAGCAACUGGACAGUUUCGACGACGUCGUUCGUGGCAAGGGUCGUGGCAUUAUCCUACAACUCAGCGGGCCCCCGGGCGUGGGUAAGACUUUGACCGCAGAGAGUGUGGCCGAGGUGAUGAAGGUUCCGCUGUACGCCAUGAGCGCAGGCGACCUAGGUACCAACGCUGAUGCUGUUGAGCACAUUUUGAAGGACAUCCUCCGCAUGGUACCCAAAUGGGGUGCUGUACUCCUACUUGACGAGGCUGAUGUCUUUAUGGAAGCUCGCUCUUCGACUGACCUGAAACGCAACGAGCUGGUAUCGAUUUUCCUGCGAAUGCUAGAAUACUACGAGGGCAUCCUAUUCCUUACAACCAAUCGUGCCGAGCACAUCGAUCCGGCAUUCGAAUCUCGGAUUCAUCUGUCGCUGAAUUACAAGGAACUCGACGCCACUUCGCGACGACACAUUUGGAGCCAGUUCUUGACUCGCUCUCCCAACACAGUGACUUUCUCGGAUGAACAGCUGGAUCAGUUGGCCGUUGCGCAGCUGAACGGUCGACAGAUCAAGAAUACGAUCAAGACUGCUAGCCUGUUGGCUUGGUCUCAGCAGAAGGAGUUGGGAUUCGAGCAUGUUCAGGUUGUGCUCAAUCUACGGAAUAGCAAUGCGCUGAAUAUUAACUGA